GAGGCGCUGAGGGGAGAGGCGCAGCCGCCGCCAGCGCUGCGGUGGGGACCCGUUAGAGCGGAAGCGCUACAGCCGCCGCCACCGCCUUUGCUGUCCCGGGGCCUCAGGUGCCCGGCAGGUAGGAGGCGGGAGCCAUGUCGAAGCGGCUCCGGAGCAGCGACGUGUGCGCUGACUGCAGCGUGCCGGAUCCUUCCUGGGCAUCAGUAAAUCGGGGGACUUUUAUAUGUGACGAGUGCUGCAGUGUCCAUCGGAGUCUAGGGCGUCAUAUCUCUCAAGUACGGCACCUUAAACACACGCCGUGGCCUCCAACAUUGCUUCAGAUGGUUGAAACCUUAUAUAAUAAUGGUGCUAAUUCUAUAUGGGAGCAUUCUUUGCUGGACCCCACCUCUAUUAUGAGUGGAAGACGUAAAGCUAAUCCACAGGAUAAAGUACACCCCAAUAAAGCGGAGUUCAUCAGAGCCAAGUACCAGGUGUUAGCAUUCGUCCACCGCCUGCCCUGCCGGGAUGACGACAGUGCCACUGCCAAAGACCUUAGCAAGCAACUCCAUUCAAGCGUGAGAACAGGGAACCUUGAAACCUGUUUGAGGCUGUUAUCUUUAGGAGCACAAGCCAACUUCUUUCACCCCGAAAAAGGAAAUACCCCACUCCAUGUUGCCUCCAAAGCAGGACAGAUUUUGCAGGCAGAAUUAUUGGCAGUGUACGGAGCAGACCCGGGCACACAGGAUUCCAGUGGGAAAACUCCUGUUGAUUACGCACGGCAAGGAGGGCACCAUGAGCUGGCAGAGCGCCUCGUAGAAAUACAGUAUGAGCUGACCGACAGGCUGGCCUUCUAUCUCUGCGGCAGGAAACCAGAUCACAAAAAUGGACAGCACUUUAUAAUACCUCAAAUGGCUGACAGCAGCCUGGAUUUAUCUGAAUUGGCAAAAGCUGCUAAGAAGAAACUUCAGUCUCUAAAUAAUCAUUUGUUUGAAGAACUUGCCAUGGAUGUAUACGAUGAAGUUGACAGGCGAGAGACUGACGCAGUCUGGCUUGCCACGCAAAACCACAGCACCCUGGUGACCGAGACAACUGUCGUCCCCUUCCUUCCGGUCAAUCCCGAGUACUCGUCAACACGGAACCAGGGCAGACAGAAAUUAGCUCGAUUUAACGCCCAUGAGUUUGCCACGCUGGUUAUUGACAUUCUCAGUGAUGCCAAGAGGAGACAGCAAGGCAGUGCUCUCUCUAGUUCAAAAGACAAUGUGGAGCUCAUACUAAAAACAAUCAAUAACCAGCACAGUAUUGAGAAUCAAGAUAAUGACCAGCCAGACUAUGACAGUGUGGCGUCGGAUGAAGACCCGGACCUGGAAGCCACUGCAAGCAAGGCACACAGGCAGAAGAGCCUAGAUUCAGAUUUGUCAGAUGGACCAGUCACUGUGCAGGAGUUUAUGGAGGUCAAAAACGCUCUAGUGGCUUCUGAGGCCAAGAUACAGCAGCUAAUGAAGGUGAAUAACAACUUGAGUGACGAGCUGAGAAUUAUGCAGAAAAAGCUUCAAACACUCCAGAGUGAAAAUUCGAACCUCAGGAAACAGGCUACAACCAAUAUAUAUCAGGUGCAAACUGGUUCUGAGUACACAGACACUUCCAACCACUCUUCCUUAAAGCGACGUCCGUCUGCCCGGGGCAGUAGGCCCAUGUCCAUGUACGAGACGGGAUCAGGUCAGAAACCAUAUCUCCCAAUGGGAGAAGCGAACCACCCAGAAGAGAACAGGACAAGACUCCAGCCUUUCCCCGCACACAUUGGGAGGAGUGCGCUUGUGACCUCCUCUUCGUCUCUGCCUUCCUUCCCCUCCACACUUUCCUGGUCCAGGGACGAAAGCACCCGAAGGGCAUCCAGACUGGAGAAGCAGAACAGCACACCCGAAAGUGACUAUGACAACACUCCCAAUGACAUGGACCCAGAUGACAUGGGCGUCUCCCUUAACGUUCACAGGUCAAGCAGGAAGGGAAGGCAGAGGAGUACGGUGUGGCAAGGUGACGGCUCACUGCCCGACGUAGCAGAGCCCGCCACAGCCCCUAGCCCCCUCCUCCCCAGCACCGAAGACGUCAUCCGGAAAACUGAACAGAUCACCAAAAACAUCCAGGAACUCUUAAGAGCAGCCCAGGAAAAUAAACACGACAGUUACAUUCCCUGCUCGGAGAGGAUACACGUGGCUGUUACAGAAAUGGCAGCAUUAUUCCCCAAAAAACCCAAGUCCGACAUGGUGAGGACCUCCCUCCGCUUACUGACGUCCAGUGCCCACCGACUCCAGUCAGAGUGCAAGAAGGCCCUCCCAGGGGACUCGGGCCCGCCCGAGGACAUCCAGCUGGUCACGCAGCAGGUCAUCCAGUGUGCGUACGACAUCGCCAAGGCCGCCAAACAGCUGGUCACCAUCACCACCAAAGAGAACAACAACUGAGCGGGCGGAGCGCUGGCCUUGCUGUUUUCCAGGGUUUUCAAAGUCCGGUUACCAAUUGAGACAGGGGACUGUUCCGAUUUUUACCAGAAACAAACAUUUAAUGAAAGUUUAAAACUUUUUUAAAAACUCAGUAUUAUUUUUGCAUGUUUUCUAACAAAUUUUCAACUAUUAAUUUAACCCACUUGCCUUACUUUGUGACCAUGAGUUACUGAUCAUAGACAUCCAAAAGCAUAGCUUCAUUGUUGCAAGUUUGUUACAACUUUUCCAGUCCUUAAAACUCCCUGCCUGUGGUCAAAACUGUAAAUGGUAUGUUUUAGUAAAACAUUUUCUUGAGAGAGUUGGGUUAAAAAAAAAAAACAUUAUCUGUUCCCUACCAAGCAUUGUGCAAUAAGUGAAUUUUCCCACCUGUCACAAGACUCUUAAGUUUGGAGUAUCUCCAAGCACGGACAUAGAGACAGGACUAUGCCACUUUCUAAAAAUAGUGUAACCAUCUCUCUUGGAAGGAAAUAGUGAAUUGCCCCAUUUCUUUUACCUGUUCUAUCAGAUGUUCCUUAAUUUUUCUAUCUUGAUCUUCAGUCCGUUUCUAUUUUACUAUCCCUGAGUCUCCGUGGCGUCAGAUAAGCACUCAUCCUCCAUGUCAUGUGUCAUUUGGCCAUGUCCAGGAGGAGCACCGCCAUGCCCCCCCACAUGGGCUGCUUGCCCGGCCUUACCGAGGGAAGCCAGACUUGCACCAUCAGCCCUGCGGGCUGUGGUCCGCUCCAGGCCACUGCGUUCCUCCCUCACUGCCCUGAACCUCGGGAAGAGGGGUGGUCUGCUCCCUGGCCUCGUAUUGUUCCUCUCACCUAAAACUCUGUCACUCCCUUAAGCACAUAAAGCUUUCUCAUGUGACCUGAUUCGCACAGCUUGUCACCUUUAAGGACUUCUUGUAAGGUAAGAUGUAUACAAUCAUCUGAGUUUCUUUCUUUUUCAUGAUGUUGCUGGUACUUAAAAAUUGGACAUCAACUAUCAAGAUGUCCUUAGAGAAUAUGUUCUGGUUGACUACCAGCCACCCCAAGGCUAUGAAAGAAUACAGGUUGAAGUUCUAGAACAUGCUUAGAUUGUUUUGAGUUCAUAAAGAGCUCGCUCUUGUUCGGAAUGCUAACACAUAUUUCCAGUACCUGCUUGUUACAGCUGUUUUGUGUGGGGGCGGCCCAGACCCUGACCGAGACCAGAGGCCAGGCAGUGGUGAGGAAGGUGAAUGGAGCAGGCCUGGCCAGGAGCCGGGGCGGGGGCAGCAGCUCCCUCAGGCUGCCAUGUGCAAGAGUGGGCCUGGGGUUACAAGAGUUUUCUUUCUCAAGAGACUCUAGAAACCUAGAUUUUUUUUUUUUUUUUGCCAUCUCUCUGUUUCUAAGUGUUGGCGACUGAGCUAAACAUCUCCCCAGCACCCAUGGGUGAGCUCUGGUCGCCGGGCUCACAGCCUCUGCCCUGGCGUCCCAUAGCCUGCAGUGUGAGGUCCUGGCUUCCCUGGCCACACCUGGUUCAAUGCCUGAGCCUUACCUGUGAUGUGGCCCCGCUGUCCUGUGUCGAGUUGCUUUCAGUCCUCCUUUUACCCAAGUGUUCUGUCCCAUAGUGCUCAGUCACACACAUGAGGAAGUCAAAAUGAUCAAAGUUGCCUAAAUACAUGCUACAAAUCCUGUCCUUUCACAGAACUGUUUGAUUCAAUCCCUUUAUAGCUUGACCGUAAACUGUCACGAAAGGAGCGCCGUGCUGGCGUUUGGCUUGCUAACACACUGUGCGCGGGUGCUUCUUCCGGGCUUUGCUGCACUGGGGAGCUUUGGGAAAGGGUCCACAUCUCCAGGGGACUCGUCCGCUCGGCCUGUCUGCACAGCCCUAAGUGCCAUGCUCCUGUCGGAGGCCGAGGGGAUGCCUUCCCCGAGGAUGUCUUCUAGCUUAAGUUUAAGCUCCAUCUGAAAACCUCUUCUGUGUGCUGUGCACACUUGGCUGACCCUCGUCUUUCCUGCAAACACCCGCCCUCUUGUGUGCCACACACGUGGGGCCCUCAGCAAAGGCCUGGGCAGCCAUCUGGAAUUGGUACCCGUGGCCUCCUGGGGAGGACAGACCGCUGCAGAAUGAGUCACCCACAGUGGGGGAAGCGGGGUCUUCGCCUGAACUCAAGGACCCGUGCCCCAGAGAAAGUCAAGGACCGUGGGGACCAACAGCGCAGGAACGGCACGGAAUUCGCUGUCCACCCACAGAGCCACCACUCUGGGAAGGAGUUCCUGGGCGGAGCCACUCGUGGGGAUCAGUGGCCUGAGGCUUCCCGCUGCCUGGGCGCCCCCCAUGCACCUUGCCUGGGCCUCGUCUGUGAUCCGGUGUUGGGGUUCUCCGGUCCCCUGGGCAGAUCGCAUCUUGUCUGAACGGUGGUUCGUUCGCCGCUUUUGGAACAUGGGUUCCGUAGCCUUGCACUAGUGUCUGUUAACGUCGUUUUCUUACCCUUUAUUCUCAAUUCCCACCCCCUCCCAAAGCUGGUAGGACAGAGGUGCACUUUACAAAACUGGCCCUUGUUGAAGAGGACACAGCUCCACCCCUAAACUCCUUUAACUGACGUCAUUUGCUGCCUCGGAAUGCAAGUAGUUCUUAUUUGCCAAAGAACAAUUGGCCCCAAAGACCAAGUACAGCAUUUCAUGUCAUUGGAACUGUAAAUGCACAACUCGGGAGCUGUCGUCCGAUUGCUCAAGUGAGGGGAGCUACAGAACCGGGAGUGAGGCCAGCGUGUGACUGUCCACAGCAGCCCUGGACUUUCCACACCUGCCACUUCUUCCUUCCCUUGUCCCAGCUGAAGGUCACCCUCGUUUUUACAGAAGGAAAUGCUGCAUAGGAAAAAUGAAAUGCCUUUUAUUCAGAUGUGUUUUAUCUGUGUCAUCCUUGGUUCUUUCGUUGUUUUUCAUGUUUAUUGUAUACGUUCUAUUCCCGUAAUUAUUGUACAACCCUGUAAGCGUUGUAAAAUUGUUUCAGAAUUUAUGCCUGCUAGUUAUACAAUAAACGGGCUC